UUGGUGAAUUUCAAAAGUCUCAUUCAUGUGUUCUUGUUGAACUAGCAUUUGAUUAGCUGUUCCUAAUCUAUUCUUCUCUUUGUGCUAUUUUAAUUUAUGCUUGUUAAAAUAAUUUAAGUUGAGCAAUCAGCUGAAGACUUUGGAGUUGUCUGUUGUCUGCUUAAUUACUUUAGCUAAAGAAUAUUGGCCUGAGCCAAUUUUUUUUUUUGAUAAGUAAAAAUUCAUAAAAAGCGUUCAGAAGGGGAACACGUCCCAUGUACAAAAACAAACCAGGAAUCUAUGGACCUAAGGAGUCUAAGAGAUCAACAACAUCGUCAGAAGAAGAACAAUUUCUCCCCUUUGCCCAACUGAAAAUGGAGCGAAUGAUAUGAAGUUUCAAGGUUGCCGUAGACACCUCUACUCCCUCAAAGCAUCUGUUAUUCCUCUCUUUUCAUUUGCACCACCAUACACAAUGCGGAAUGGUCCGCCAGCACUCACGAGUCUGACCCCCCACGUGACAUCCCCUUCACGCAUCAAUCAUACCCCUCGUGGAUCGGGGCAUCACCUAAGACAUACCAAACAAUCCGAAAAUAAGAUUCCAACAAUCGUACGCCAUAGGGCAAUGUAAGAGUAGAUAAUCUGUAGACUCACCACCACUUUUGCAUAGGCAGCACCGAUUAACAAUAAUAAUGCCUCUCUUCCUCAGGUUAUCCAACGUCAAGAUCUUACCCCAAACUACAGUCCACACAAAAAAUGCCACACUGAGAGGAGCCUUAGAGCGCCAAAUAGUCUUCCAAGGGAAAGCGCAACCAACAAAGUUGGAAAGACACAAAAACAUGGAUCGGACCUCGAAUCCUCCAUGGGAAGAAGGAACCCACAAGAGAACAUCAUCACCAAUGCCACCUACCUCCUGUCGAUACAACAUAUCCAGAAGAGCGCAAGCCUCAUCCAACUCCCAAUCCUGAAAAGAGUGCCUAAAGCGCACAUCCCACGUAAUCCCACUGCUAUGAAGCCGAUAGCAAUCAACUAUAAAGGCAUGUCUAUUAGUAGCUAUUCUAAAAAGUCUGGGAAAAGAGCAAGACAACGGCUGGUCUCCCCACCAUAAAUCCUCCCAAAACCGCACACAUCUACCAUCCCGAACUUUGAAUCUAAUUUGAGAGGAAAAAACAUCCCAGCCUUUCCGAAUAAAUUUUCACACUCCAACUCCUCCUGUGCUAGGGAUUGGGCAUGAAGACCACCCACCUCUCUUUUCCCCAUACCGACAUGAGACAAUCCUCCUCCACGGGCGAUGUCGUUCUCUCCCAAAUCUCCACAACCACUUGCCUAAGAGAGCUCUAUUAAAGGGGAUCAGCCUCCGAAUGCCCAGGCCCCCCAUCUUAACAGGCUUGCAAAUAUGCUCCCACUUGACUAGAUGGAACUUGAACUCUUCGCCCCUUCCACCCCAUAGGAAAUCCCGUUGAAUUUUUUUGAUCCUUUCAGCAAUAGAACAUGGAAUCUGGAACAUGGAUAGGAAAUAAGUGGAUAGGUUUGAAAGAGUGCUCUUAACAAGAGUGACCUUCUACCCUUUUGACAAAUAUUGCUUCUUCCACUCCGCCAAUCUCUUCUCAAACCUAACAAUCACAGGGUCCUAAGUCCCCACCCUUCUAGAAGACACCCCCAAGGGCAAACCCAAAUAAUUAAUAAGGAAGGAGCUCACCCCACACCCAAGAACUUCAGCUAAUGAGGAAAUGCCCUGAACUUCCCUAACCGGGACAAGCACGCUCUUGCCAACAUUAACUUUCAACCUAGAAAUUGCCUGAAAACAGACUAGGAUACACCUCAAGUGUCUCAAUUGGGCUGCUUCAACAUCACAAAAAACCAAAAGUGUCAUCUGCGUACAACAGAUGGGAUAUCUCCACCUGAUGAGUUGAAUCUCUACCCACUCUGAAUCCUUUGAUAAAACCCAAAUCCUCUGCCCUCUUCAUCAGUCUACUCAACCCCUCCAUAACAAUGAGAAAGAGAAAGGACGACAAUGAAUCACCUUGUCUCAACCCCCGAGAACUUCCAAAGAAACCCUCAGGAGACUCAUUCACAAGAACCGAGAACUUAACGGACGAGAUACAUUUCUCUAUCCAAGUCCUCCAUCUACUUCCAAAGCCCAUUCUCUCAAGCAAAUACAAUACAAAACUCCAAUUAACGUGAUCGUAGGCUUUUUCGAUGUCGAGCUUACAUAAGACUCCCGGGACACCACUCCUCAGUCUAGAAUCCACACAUUCACCGGCGAUGAGUAUGGAAUCGAGGAUCCGCCUUCCCUUAACAAAGGCAUUUUGUGACUCCGAUAUAACCCCAUCCAUAACAUCCCUCGACCUGAGAGCAAGAACAUUAGCAAUGAGCUUAUAAAUAUAGCCCACCAAGCUAAUUGGCCUAAAGUCCUUAAUAUCAGUAGCGCCGCCCUUCUUAGGUAUAAGAGCAAUAAAGGAAGCAUUUAACGACUUCUCAAAAACCCCGUGAGAAUGAAACUCCUGGAAAGUACCCAUAACCUCCCUUCUAACCACCUCCCAACUUUCCAACAAAAAGCGCAUGGGGAACCCGUCCGGCCUCGGUGCUUUGUCGUCAUUACAGCUCGACAAAGCCUUCAACACUUCCUCUUCGGUAAAUGGAACCUCUAGGCCAUCUCUCUCAACCUCAGAAAUAACAUCAAAAUUGAGACCGUCAAGCUUACGUCUCCAGCCCAACGACUCAGUGUAGAGCCUCUGAUAGAAAGAAACAAUCCCCCUACGAACCUCCUCCUCCAUACACAACUCCUGACAAUCAACCUGGAUUUGCCCGAUGUGAUUACUCCUUCUAUGGGCAUUUGCAAGUCUAUGGAAAAAUUUUGUAUUGCGAUCCCCUUCUUUGAGCCAUAAGGCCCUAGACUUCUGACGCCAUGAAAUCUCUCCCAUUGAAGCAAUCUCGGCGAAAUCUGCCUAGCAAGCUGCUCUCCUAGAGCGCACGGAAUCCCCCUCUCCACCCUCCUCAUCAAGGCGAUCAAUCCCAGAAAUUUCAGCAAGGACCCUAUUUUUCCUCCAUUCGAAACACCUCCAUAUUCCACCUUUUCAGUUCAGUUUUGAGGACCCGUAGUUUCUGGGCUAACACAAAACUAGUAGACCCGAUAGCCGUGGCCUCCUCCCACCAUGACUGGACAGACCCUUGGAAGUUCUCCACCCGCAGCCACAUAUUCUUAAAUCGAAACGGAGAACGCCUAGAGCUCAUACCCCCACAGUCCAAAACCAAUGGAGUAUGAUCUGAAGUAACCUUGACUAACGCUGCCUGAAUGAUGUCCGAAAAUUUCUCUUCCCACUCCCCAGAAAUCAAGAACCUAUGGCCUGAGCCAUUUGAAUAGUCCCUUUUUCAUUUGCCUUCAGCACUGUUGUGUGUGUUCCUGAAUUGUUCUGUUAUUGUAUAUAAUAUCCCACAUGUUAUGCAUUUAUGUAGCACUAGCAUACAGCGAAAGCGAUGGGACUGCAAUGGCCUUUGUUCUUCAUUACAUCAAUUAAAUGGUUUUGCUGCUACAAGAAGGUUCUUUUAGGAUUCUGUGUCCUUGUUGGCGCUAGCGCGUGGGUGGAUGUACUGGGAAUGAUAGCUGGUCAUGCAUACUAUUUUCUUGAAGAUGUGUAUCCACGAAUGACAGGUCGUCGACCCCUGAAAACUCCAUCAUAUAUUAGAUCAUUGUUUGCAGAUGAGCCUAUAACAGCUGCAAAUGUUAGAUUUGCUCCCCCACCUGUAGAGGAAGUUCAACAAAAUUAAUCAGAUUCACAGGAAGACUUGAGACUCAUGGGAGCAGGCCCCUGCUUUGUGUUGAUACGUUUGUAGAACUAGUUGGAAUCCGUUGUCAAAGCUCAUGAUGUUAAUUUUGCAUGAUGCAUUUUCGUCCUUUGGGUUUGAAGAUAGCUUUUUGUAAAAACUGGAUUUUUUUUUUCUUCUUAAAAUUACAGCCAAGCCUAUCCAAUAAAUUUAUCUUGCCUUUUGUUUCUAUUUUGUUA